CAGAUGGUGGCUUCACCUCGAUGAAGAGAAAGACGCAUAUGGUGGUUCUGUAUAAGACACGUAUGAAUCCCGCGUUUAUGACCUUGUGUUAAGAAGCAAGUUCAAAUCAGUCACCUCUCAAUCAAGAUUGUACUCAACUCACCUUCACCCAACCCCUGAAAAUCUUUCCAAAUCCCAUUGUACUUACUAGCCCCUCUAUAUCACCGAAAAAAGACACCAUCAGCCAUGUCCUCCUCCUCUUCCUCCGCACAGCCUGAACUGCCCUCCGGCAUCAGCCGCUGCUGCCUCACCGGCUUCCGCUGGUCCGGCACGCCCACAGGCACCGCCCUCCCUGCAGGUUCCAUCCCAGGCACCACCAACGCCGUCUACAAAACGGGCACGAACCCGCGCGUCGCCAUCCUGAUCAUCCACGACAUCUUCGGCUGGACUUUCCCCAACGUCCGCCUGCUGGCCGACCACUACGCCGCCGAAGCGAACGCCACCGUCUUCGUCCCGGACUUCUUCGGCGGCUUUGUCUGUCCGCCCGAGUUAGUGCUGGAGGAGCGCUGGGGGGAGAUCGACAUUGCGCGCUUCAUGAAAGAGAAUGCGCGCGAGGUGCGCGAGCCUGAAAUCUUUGCGUUUGCGAAGGCGUUGAAGAGUGCGGAGGGGGGCGGGUUUGAGAAGGUCGGGGCCGUGGGGUACUGUUAUGGUGGGUGGGCGAUUUUCAGGUUGGCUGCUGCUGAGCAUGAGGAGGGUUCUGGGGAUUCUGAGGGGCACGGCAAGAAGUUGGUGGACGCGGUGACGACUGGUCAUCCUACCUUUGUGACGAAGGAAGAUAUUGAGAGGGUUUCAAAGAACGUGCCGGUGCAGGUGUUGGCUCCGGAGUUUGAUCAAAGGUAUACGGAGGAGUUGAAGACGCAUACGUUUGUGACGCUGCAGAAGCUGGGAGUGCCAUUUGAGUAUUCGCAUUUUCCGGGGGUGCAUCACGGUUGUUUCAUCAGGGGCGAUGAGAGGAAGGAGGGCGAGAGGGAGGCAAUGGUUAGGGGCAAAAAUGCAGCGGUUGCGUGGAUGAAGCAGUGGUUGCAUAGUAACUGA